AUGAAAGACGAGCACGUAUCUACGGAAGAAAAUGAGGAAAUCGUUGAUCUGACAGCGGCGAAAAACGAGAAAUGCCGUGUUUGCCAUGGUGUGCCAGCUUCACGCAACUACGGAGCCAUCGUUUGUGCAAGUUGCAAGAAUUUCUUCCUCCGUAUCACCACAACCGGCGCCAAAGUGCCUGCAUGCAAGAAUCUGAAGCUUUGUGUUACACAAAAUUUUAAAGGACCAGGCAAAUUGAAAUGUGCAACGUGUCGCUACGAAAAAUGCAUUCAAGCGGGAAUGAUCCCGGAAAUAACAGCUCGUCGAUCCGGCUGUAAUCUGAGAGAAAAACGAGCAAAAAUGGAGGUGUGGACAGGCGGGAAAGCGGGUAGAGGGAAAAUCAUCGAUUUGUCCGCUAACACAGUCGAAUUGCAUGCAUCAACAUCAAGAAAUUGUCUGAACGAGGAGCGGAGUUGUUCACCGCGCAGCUCCUCCAGUGUUGCUUGUCCGGACUCUAGAGAAAUACAGCUAGCCGCUCGUGUCUUCAGCAUGCCGUUGAGUGGUUUCCGAAAGAAAGAGGCGAUCGAUUUGCUGAAGGAUAUGAUUUACACACAAGAAAUUAUCAUGAACGAUGACCUGAAUCGACCCGUCGAGGUGGACUUCUCUUUUUCAAUGGAUGUGUCACUGGCUCAAAUUCUGCAGAAUCCAUUAGUUGCCUGUCCUCGAGUGCCGAUAGCGAUGCGGCCUGAGUUGAAACCUUUGAUCCCUGAAGCUAGCUGGCUACAAAUGGUCGGCCGAAUUUUCUGUCGAUCCGUCGUUCUUUUUGCCGAUUGGUGUCGAUCCGUGCCUGAAUUCAGAGAUCUAGACGCUGUGGAUCAAAUAAACUUCUUCGCUCGUCAAGUUCUCCGUCAAAUUCUCUUCAAUAAUUUCUAUUACACGCACAAGUAUGACUAUAAAGAUGGAAUGUUGACGACUUUGGGGAGUAUGAAAUUCGACUCAUCAAUGCUGCAUAAACAAUUUCAAACACACCACGCUCACUCGUACUAUUUCUACACUCAUUUCGGGAUGACGAUUGUUAUUCCAUGUAUGGGCCUUACGGAGAAGAGCGCUGAAGUCGCUAGAAAAGCCUUCAACAAAUAUUGUCAUACUUUGCUAGAGCACUUGAAAAUGCGGUAUCGUCGCGAAUCAGUAGCCAUUGAGAAGUUCACUGAAUUGAUGGAAUUACCAAAAUAUAUGCAGGUUGAA